AUGACCAAGCCUAAUGCACUUCCCGAAGACUUCACUGCAACUUUUCCACGUCUGCUCGGCAUCUCUUGGAAGAGACUUCAACCAGAAUAUGAUGUUUUGACCCAGCCAUCGGCUGUAGGAGGAUCCGUCGGCAACCCAGAACUUAUCAUUUGA